CAUUUAGCUGCUAUUCACUAUUUUCGUUUUUUGUUCAUUUUGUGUUUUUGCACAGCAAAUGACAAAAAAUUCACUGCCACAAUAAAACAAGCAUUGGCAGAUGCAGAGAUUGCAUCAGUAGCUCAAAGUCAACUGUGCAUUCUCUGAACUCCAUAAAAGAGAUUGACAAGUGUAAGCUGCAACAUUUGCUUCUGAUUUUGCAUUUGUGAUGCGAGCUCAUAGAAUUAAUGUGAGAGUGAAUAUUAAUGGAGUUACCUUGUUCUCUUUGGAACCAUCAUCCCUGAUUCAGUAAGAUGGAAAUGGAGGCAGCUGGAGAAGAUGAUCGAGUUAGAACUGGUAAUAUUGCUUUUCCUUUUUGGAUUUUAUUUCAUUUUUUUUCUUCUUUUGGCAAGGAAAACUGAGCUGUGGCCACAGUGCACGAAAAUUUUCAAUGUUAGACAAGUAGAACAAUUCUACUUUUCAUUGUUGAAGCUCAUCUACAAGUGUUAAAUAGCUGAUAAAGGACUAUAUAUCGAAAUGAAAAUGUCAGGGACUGUGUGGACUGCCACAGCUCAUAUAAUUACGGCUGUAAUAGGAUCUGGGAUACUCACCUUGCCAUGGAGUGUUGCGCAACUCGGCUGGAUUCUAGGUCCUCUCAUGCUAAUCUUCUUUGCCUUCGUCACUUAUUUCACAGCGAUUCUCCUGGCAGACUGUUACCGAUUUCCUGAUCCGACGAAUGGAAGAAGAAACAAGACGUACAUGGAUGUUGUAAAAGCAUCUCUAGGCAAGAAAGACAUUUUGAUAUGUGGAAUCAUACAGUACAGUUUACUUUGGGGAACAAUGGUUGGAUACACAAUAACUUCUGCUAUGAGUAUGAUGGCCAUUGAUAAGGUGAUGUGUGUCCACAAGAAAGGUCCUAAAGCUUCGUGUGAGAUUUCUGGAACAUUGUACAUUGUCAUUUUCGGGAUAAUCGAAGCAUUCUUAUCGCAAUUCCCUAGCUUGGAGAAAAUUACAAUGCUUUCUUACAUUGCCGCGGCAAUGUCUUUUGCUUAUUCGUUAAUUGGAUUGGGUUUGUGCUUGUUUGAGUUCUUUUCUCAGCCUCACUUCAAAGGGACUCUACUUGGAUUGAUGGGAGCGAGCAAUGUCUCCUUGGCCCCAAAGCUUUGGAGUUCUUUUCAAGCGCUCGGGAACAUUGCUUUCGCUUAUUCCUUUUCAAUGAUCCUAAUAGAGAUCCAGGAUACACUUAAGUCUCCGCCUCCGGAGAAUAGGAUGAUGAAGAAAGCGUCCAUCUUUGGUAUUGGUUUCACUACAUUGUUCUAUGUAUCUCUCGGCUGUGUUGGUUAUGCAGCGUUUGGGAACGAUGCCCCUGGAAAUAUUCUCACCGGGUUUCAGAAACCCAUUUGGCUCAUUGAGAUAGCAAAUCUUGCUGUUAUCAUCCAUCUCAUCGGGGCAUAUCAGAUAUUUGCGCAACCAAUCUUUGCAUUCUAUGAGGAAUGGUUCGCUAAGAAAUGGCCUGAUGCAGGCUUCUUCCAAAGAGUUUAUACCCUAAAGAUACCUUUCUCCAAAUCAAGAAGCCUAGAGUUCACACUUUGCAAACUUAUUUUGCGACCGCUACUCGUGGUUGUUACGACUGCAGUUGCCGCAAUGCUGCCAUUCUUUAACGCAAUGGUUGGCUUGCUAGGUGCCUUGGGGUUCUGGCCGUUGACAGUAUACUAUCCUGUGUCGGCCUACAUAAAUCAAGCAAAAAUCAAGAGAAUGCAGAUAAAAUGGAUUAUGUUGCAGUCUAUGGCCAUAGUCAGUCUGGUCAUCUCACUUGUUGCAACGAUUGGUUCUGUUGCAGACAUUGUUGAACAUCUGAAGCAUGCUGAACUAUUCAAAAUGACACUCUAGUAGGGUAGGCAGUUUUCCUAUAACUAUUGACGAUGAGCUGAAAAUGUAUGAAUCAGGUAUGUCUGGUUUAAAGGUUUGAAGUAGGUAAUCAGACAGGGAUCCUAUGAAUAGUGUAAAAAGGUAUGCUCAGUUCUAUUGAUCUGC